AUGUUUCAAAAGAACGUAGUUGAGUAUCUUCUCAAAGAGUUGUAGAUAUUUUUGGCUCUCCUUUUGGGUAGUGAUUGUUGCUAAUGUAGGACUGUAUCAAUCUCAAGGUAUUGAUUCAAUUAUACCGAUAAUUUUGAAUUCAAUCAUUGAAAUUGGUUACUUAUUUCUUAAAUAUAAGAAUAGUGAUCAUAUUAAAAUUGUUUGGAGAAUAAAGAUCAUCUUCAUUCUGAUUCAAAUUUCAAUGAAUAUUGAGAUGUGUCAAUUCUGUUUAAUAAUUGUGCAUUUGAUUGAGGAGGAUACGAUUUAAACUUUUAUCUUGAGCACAGUGUUUCUUAUCAGCCUGAUCUAGGAACAAGAAAAUAAUUAUGUGACUGAAAUACCAUUCAAUUUGCUAUUUUUCUUUAAUGUAAUAUUUUUGAUGGGCUUGCUCUUUAUGAAAUGGAAGUCACUUAAAUCCAACGAGGCCUACCUGGAGCAAACCUUCAAGUAGAAGUCAUUAGAAUGUAUAUUUAUGACCACUACUAUCAUAGUGAAAGAAUCAAUAAACAAUAGAGAUUUGGUAAGCAAAUCCAAUCAAUAAUAAUCAGUUAGUUAGGAAAUCAAUGCUAUAAAAAUGGAAUGCAAUGAGGACGAAAUCGUGUUAUAGAAUGUGGCUUGGAUUCAAAAUCAAUCUGCUUUGGUCUAUAACAAAAAGCUUAACAUAGUUUAUUAGAAUAUAUUUUUAGGGAAAUUACUUAAGCAAUCGAAUUUGGAUGAAUAAUAAACCCAAUAGUAAUCAAAGCCAGAUUAUGAGGAGUUGUUCCUUGAUUGCUAGAUUUUGGUUGGGAGCAAAGAAUUGAUGGAAAUCAAUAGCAAUAAUAACGAUUAGUCUGUGAAUAGCGAGUAAUUAAUUAUAUCGAUAAUUAAAAAGUGGCUCAUUUUUGCUUAAUAGAAUGAACGAUUAUCACAAAUGCCGGAUGAAGUCAAAUCUGACCAUCAGAGAUUUGAGUCUAAUGAUGCAAAACGAGAUCGAUAAGUAGUUUAGUUGGAAUUAAAAAGAGAUGGCGACCGAGCAUGGUGACAUUGUUUAAAUUGAGAAGCGAGGUGUUCGAUUUUGAGAAUAUCCAAAUCAAGGCUUUUGUGAAUAAGGUCAAUGAAUCCUCCUAUCUAAUCUUCCUUUUUGAGCAGUAGCCUCCUCAAAGAAAGAAGGAAGACACCGCCUAACCAAUCAUCAACGUAUUUUCAACCUUUGUGCACGAAUCUGUAAGUUAUAUCAACUGUAUAUUAACUUUAAUUUUGCUCACUCAACAUGAACAUGAGAACACUCACAAAAUCUCAUUAAAGCAGCAUUAUUACAUGCCAAUAAGGAUGAUGAGUUUGAGAUACAUCCUAUUUGUUAACAGCAUGAGAGAUUACAUAUUCUACAUAUAAAAUUAGUUAUUCUUAAGAAUUUCAGCUUUCAAGGUGAAUGACUUGAUAGAAGAAUUAUUAAUUGUCUAUGAAGAUAACUUAAAAAUUAGAGAAGUGAAUUUAACAACAUCCAUAGAUUUGAGUGACAAUAACCAAGUCAUAUUCAGUGAUUUAGAUAGAGUAACAUAAUUAUGAUUAAUUAGUUAAAAUAAAUUCUAGCAUGUCUAUUUUCAUAUUGUUUGAAAUACACAUCUGCAUCAUAAUUAAAAUUAGAUAUCAAAAGUUAUACUGUGAGUGGCAUUAUGGUAUCUUUUAAAGAUAGCAUGAUAGCUAAAGAUGACAAUAUGAGAAAAUCAAUAACCAAUUUAGUUAGACUUCUCAAUUCUACUCUUAAAAUGGCUUCGUUUUAUGAUGUUGAUCUUAACAACCCAUUGGAAUUAUAGAUCUGUGUUAUUUUAUGUUGGUAAUUGUCUGGCACUUUCAAAAGAGGUCUCGAAUUCUUGUAUGAUAGUUAGGGAUAUGGCACCUUCACCUUUGUAAUUGAAUCAUAAACUAAUCAAUAAAGAAUGUAAUCUCGUUAGGAUACAGGCCCAAUUAAAAUAUUAGGUCAAAGAAAAUAUUAUGAAACUUCAUUAUCGUUAUUAUUGGCUUAAGAUAGCAGUGGCUAUAGAGAAGAAUCUAAGUAUUUCAUCUUUUCAUCCUAGAUAUUUUUCAUUGACUCAGUUAUCAAAGCAAUUCUCAAUGAAACCUGGAGAUCCAUUUGAUGUUCAGAGUGCUUAUUUUUCAUAGAUUUCAAGAAUAAAAUAGGAUUCUUCUAAUUCUAAAUAAGUAUAAAAUUCUGGAUCGGUUCCAAAACAAUCCAAAGAAUAGAGUAAUAGCUUUUCAGGAACUUGGAAAUAAGGGUUUCCUGAUACAAUAUAACAGCCUUACAAAAAGACUAGAAAUGAAAAAAGUGACUCAUAACAUGAUUCAAUGAAAACACAUUCUAAUUUUGAUUUUGGAGCAGAGUUGAGCAACCCUUCCAUUCAUCCUCCAGAAUUAACACCAAAAUUAUUAUCAUCUGUGAUUAAAUACAGACUAAGAUUGACUUGUUGUGCUAAAGUGCUAAUAGUGGAUAAUGAUCAUUAUAGUGUUUUCUCAUUGCAGAAGGUUUUGGAGAAAUACAACAUCAAAUGUGAUAAGGCCUUUAAUGGGAUCGAGGCUUAAAAAUUAAUAUAGAAUAAGUAGAGCACGCCUUGCCAUUGUGGAAACAGAUCUUAUCUGCUAUAUUUUAUUGAGUUUUAUUUGCCAGUAUCAAAAUGUGUAGAUAUAUCUAGAUUUUAUCAGGGAUAGAUUUAGUGAGAUCUCUUAAAGAGUAAAUGAGAAAUAGUCUGAUAGACAAGGGAUACGUGAUAAUAAUAGCCACAUUCGUAGAUCUGAACUCAAAAUUGGAGUGUUUCAAGAAUGGUGCAGAUUAUUUCAUCACCAAGCCAUUCGACCUGAUUGAUAUAGGGGCAGCAGUUUAAUAUUUAGAUUUUUGA